AUGCAAGCCAAGGAGGAAAUGGACACUGUAAAGGGCCAGAUGGACGUUGACACUCGUCUAGACGACGCCCUCUUUGACAAGCCGGUGCCGCGGCAUCCCAAGACCGCCGCCCAAGUCGCCCACAUUCAGGCCCAGAACCGCCGGCGCGAGUAUCUGGAGCGCAAUCCGGCUUACUUUGACAGUCUGGACCACGAGCUCGCAGAUCCCCUGCUGUACGAGCGCCUCAUCAAGAGGUUCCAGACAGCUGCCGAGCGCCAGGCCGAGGGCAAGGCAAAGGGCUACGGCCGCAUCCUCGAGGCAGACCUUGCCCGCGGCGAGCAGCGGCUCUCGCAGCUGGCUCCCGGCGAGGACUCCUCCGCCCCCGGCGGCACCGUCACCACCGCCACCGCCACCGCCACCGACGACUACGACGACGACGACAGUCCCUGGCAUGGCGAGGUCGUCGACGGACAGCACGGCCGGCAACUCUGGCGCGAGUUCCUCACGGAGCGCUUCGUCCGCGGGCGCGAUGCCGACUUUGACUAUGCCCGCGUGGAUGGCGACGUCGAGCUCGAUGCCCUGGCGGAGGGGGAGGCGCAGGACGCGUGGUUCGACGAAGAGGAGCCCCGCUGGGUUACUGAUGAGGCCGAUGCGGGCGACGAGCAGGCGCUGACGAUGAGGCGUGGAGAGACUGGGAUCCAGGACUUUUGA